AUGACUUUUUACCUGUUUAAAUACACGUUAAAGGCGCUUUUAGACGACUUCACGGCGGCCAAAGCGGCAUUCCCGGGAAAACCCCUGAUCAAGUGCAUUCUGGAGGCGCUUCUGCUCGCCCGGAAGGGCCUGCAGAUGGAUCCGGUUCAGUUCAUGCCUCAGCUUCUAAGGCGCCUGGAGGACAACGAGUCAACAGCCGAGUUCAAGCAGCGCUUACGUGAAUAUAGCUCAAAAGUGUGGUUCGAGCCCGAUGUCAACAUCCUGGAGCGUACCGGGGGUCAACUGCUACACAGCAUCCACGUGCACGCGUCCGAAAUUGACAUGAUGACGAUUACGUCAUGUGGAACUUACGUAAUCACAGUCUGCGGGUCGUUGAAGGAGAUCAAAAUCUGGAACAUCAAGGUCGACCCCCACGGUUGCUACGCAAUGUGACGGGUAAAGGUCAG